AUGAGGAGUUGUACCGCCAUACGUUUCGGUUACAAGAGUGAAUUAGGUGCCAUAUGCACCGCAUUUGCUGCAGCUGUGAGCUUUUUUGUGUUGCCACGUUCCUUUCUUACAGUGGCGGUACCAGCGUGGCUGGUUGUGCAGCGGCUCGUGGCUCGCGGUUCACGAAACGGCGCGCGGCCGCCGCACGAAGGGGCAACCCACAAUGGUGGCAAGGAAGGGAAGAAGGACGUGUCGCCGAAAGAGUGUCAACUCGCAUUUGUCAUUUCCCGCAAUAGAAGAAGAGGAGAGACCAGUGGCAAUAGUCACGGG